AAAGGAAAACUGACCGACAUCCUUGCCCCCGAAGCGCAGCUUUGCGCGCGAGCUGCUGGAGGACACAACGCUGGCCACUCGAUUGAGCCACGACUUACAGUCGCCAGUUUCCACUUGCUUCCUUCAGGCCUGGUCAAUCCCAACUGCCUGAACCUCAUCGGCUCUGCCGUGGUUGCCCAUAUUCCUUCUUUCUUCAAGGAGCUGGAGGAACUGGAGCGCAAGGGGCUUUCCAACGUCCACGACCGAAUCUUCAUCAGCGAUCGAGUCCACAUUGAUCUGGAUCUCCAUGUUGCCGUCGACGGACUCGAGGAGUUGGAACUCGGAGACCGCAAGGUUGGAACGACGGGACGAGGAAUUGGACCGUGCUACAGCACAAAAGCCGCGCGAAGUGGAAUCCGACUUGCCGAGGUCUUCAACGAGCAAGUCUUUGAGCAGAAACUCCGACGACUUGCAUCGGGCUUCAAGAAGCGUUACGGCGAUCUGCUCAAGUACGAUGUCGAGGAGGAGCUCGCCCGCUUCAAGGGGUAUCGCCCUAAGCUUGCCAAGUACACUGUCGACGCCAUUGCUUUCAUGAAGCAAGCACAGGAGAAGAACAUGAAGAUUCUUUGCGAAGGAGCAAAUGCUCUCAUGUUGGAUCUUGACUGGGGCUCAUACCCAUACGUCACCAGCAGCUCUACUGGCAUCGGCGGCAUGGUCACUGGACUUGCCCUCGAUAUCCGGAAGAUCGGUGAGGUUAUCGGCGUGGUCAAGGCCUACACCACCCGUGUUGGCUCUGGAGCUUUCAAGACCGAGGACCUCGGAGAGUAUGGUCUCUUCCGCUCCUCUGAGCAUGUGAAGAUAGCUAACAUCCUCUCCAGAAUUGGCAAUGAGCUGCAGCAACGUGGCCGCGAAUGGACUGCAGACCUCGUUGUUGUCAAAUACACCACGGACGUCAACCACUACACGGCGCUCAACCUCACAAAGCUCGAUGUCCUGGACACCUUCCGCACGAUCAAGAUCGCCAUUGCGUACAAGGACCCCGAGACCGGCGAGGAACUCGAGUCGUACCCCGCAUCUUUGGACAUCCUCGACCGCGCCGAAGUCGUCUACCACGAGAUGCCCGGCUGGAACACGCCCACGACUAACGCGAAGACUUUCGAGGAUCUUCCCAAGGAGGCCCAAGACUACAUCUUGUACAUUGAGAAGUUUGUUGGUGUCAAGAUCAAGUGGAUCGGCACCGGGCCCGACCGCGACGCCAUGAUCACCCGAUUCUAG